CCGGGGCUGGCGGCUGGCCUUUUAUUAUGCGCCGUUCCCCCAACGCUCAUCUUUUCUCUUUUUCUUCUUCACCACCUUCUUCUAUCCUCUCCAGGUUCGCAUUCACACUCUUUUCUGCUCCUUUUGGACAGUCGUUCUUUGAGCUCUGCUCUCUGUCAUUCUUUAUCCACUUUCUUUGAUACUUGCGUGCCUGGGGCAUCGAACUCAUCCCCUACUACAACAAUAACAGUCCUUUUAUAUACUCGAUACGAAACACAAUGCAGCUUAAAAACUCCCUCGUCCUGUUCACAGCAUUGACCGCUGCCACCGCCAGCGCACGUCUGCACGGCCACGAGCGACGUCAUCAUCAUGAUAAGCGUGCGGUCGCUACCACCACGACUUCCGACGUCGCGUCCGUUUCUGCCGUCCCCACCUCCGACUCGUCCUCGUCCCCCUCCGUCGAAUGGUUCAACCACCCAUCCAACGGCCAGUACACCCGUAAAGGCUUUGGCGGCAAGACCUCCUCCAGCGGCGGCGGCGGCACCAUCUUCUAUGCCGGUAACGUCGGUGACCCGUGGGGUAGCAACAUCAUCGAAGUGUCCGCCCAGGACGCCUCUCAGUACAAGCACGUCGUCGAGUUUGAGGGCAGCAACUCCCAGGCCUGGACUGUCGUUUUCUGGAACAAGAUUGGCCCCGAUGGAAAGCUUACCGGCUGGUACGGCAACGAUGCUCUCAAGUUCACCCUCGAGCCCGGUCAGGUCCGCUAUGUUGCCUUUGACGACGAUACCCAGGGUGGCUGGGCUGCCGCUCAGGGUGAGGACAUCCCCAAGGACUCGUUCGGUGGCUACAGUUCCACAUGGGGUGAGUUUGAUUUCUCGAGCUCUACCAACAACGGCUGGUCCGGCUGGGAUGUUUCCGCUAUCCAGGCCCAGGCCGCCAAGCAGGCCGUCCAGGGUAUGAAGAUCUGCACCCAUGACAACCAGAAGUGCUCCACCAUUACCGGCAACGCUGCCAACGUGGUCAACGCCUACACCGAGGCCCUCAAGGCCGUCAACGGCAUUGGUGGUAACGAGCAGAGUGGUGCCGUUCGUCUCUCCGCGAAGCUUGACUUUAACGAGUAAAUGCUUGUUUCUUUUUGAUUUAAUUUUAGAGCUGUCUUUGUUUGCUAUUUGCGUCUUUCCUUUCUUCUGCAAAUUAUUCGGAUCUCUUGUGGAGGGUUGCGGUUUCGUGCCGGUGCCAGUCCUUUAUGUGGUUUCUUUGUAAAUACCUUUAUACCACUGUCUGUAUUCAUUUUAUUGGUCUUCCAUCUUCAGCUUGGAGUGUAAUUCUUUAUUCUGAUAAAUUUGAAAGCACUGCAAGCCGGACG